CUUCACUCUGCCCACACACAUCACUCCAGACUGGCCUUGUGGUCAGAGCCUGGAAUGCCUGGGCUGCUGGGGGCCUGUGGACUGCACUGGGCCAGAACCCCUGCUGCCUUCAAGACCGGCCUGUAGCCAGCAGGUAGGUGACUUUUCCCAGGCCUGCCUAUCCCACCUUUCCCCUCCACUCACUCACCUCCCUUGCCUGGGUCAAUUAGAGAAAGCUUGUCGGCCAGGCAUGGUGGCUCAUGCCUGUAACCUCAGCACUUUGGGAGGCCGAGGCGGGCGGAUCAUCUGAGCUCAGGAGUUUGAGACCAGCCUGGCCAACAUGGCAGAACCCCGUCUCUACUAAAAAUACAAAAAUUAACCGGAUGUGGUGGUGUGCACCUGUAAUCCCAGCUACUCGGGAGGCUGAGGCAGAAGAAUCGCUUGAACCCAGGAGGGGGAAGUUACAGUGAGCCGAGAUCGUGCUACUGCACUGCAGCCUGGGUGAGAGUGCGAGUCUCCAUCUCAUAUAAAAUAGAAAGAAAGCAAGCAAGCAAGCUUGUCUGUUGGCCUGCCCUGCAGGGUGGAGUUCAGAGGGAAGGUCAGGAGCCUAGUGACAGCUCAAAAAAAAAACCCAAAUACUGAUGUUGGCCCCUUUUGCCUUUCAUUCAUGUGUUUUCUACACACUAAACUCACAUCUUGGGUUUGUAGAUCACUCCAAGCUUGGCUGGAGCUGUGGUGGUAAGGAGGGUAAUGGAGAAGCUUCCCCACUCUCAACCCCACCCCUUCCUUCCUGGAGUUCCCAGCCCUAACUUUAGAUCCCUCCCACAUUGGACCUUCAAAACCCUCAGGGCAGAGAGCAGCCCUACACUCCCUACACCGCACCCAUACUCAGCCCCUGCAGGCAAGGAGAGAACAGGUCAAGUUCCUGAGAGCUCAGGCACCACCUGGGUGAGCCAGAUACUGGACAUGAUCUACCAGGGCGGCGACCUAGAGAAGUGUAACCGGGCUCCCAUCUACAUACGGGUGCCCUUCCUUGAGGUCAAUGAUCCAGGGGAUCCCUCAGGGCUGGAGACUCUGAAAGACACACCUCCCCCACGGCUCAUCAAGUCACACCUGCCCCUGGCCCUGCUCCCCCAGACUCUGUUGGAUCAGAAGGUCAAGGUGGUCUAUGUUGCCCGAAACCCAAAGGACGUGGCGGUUUCCUACUACCAUUUCCACCGUAUGGAAAAGACGCACCCUGAGCCUGGGACCUGGGACAGCUUCCUGGAGAAGUUCAUGGCCGGAGAAGUGUCCUACGGGUCCUGGUACCAGCACGUGCAGGAGUGGUGGGAGCUGAGCCGCACCCACCCUGUUCUCUACCUCUUCUAUGAAGACAUGAAGGAGAACCCCAAAAGGGAGAUUCAAAAGAUCCUGGAGUUUUUGGGGCACUCUCUGCCAGAGGAGACCGUGGACUUCAUGGUUCAGCACACGUCGUUCAAGGAGAUGAAGAAGAACCCUAUGACCAACUACACCACCGUCCCCCGGGAGUUCAUGGACCACAGCAUCUCCCCCUUCAUGAGGAAAGGCAUGGCUGGGGACUGGAAGACCACCUUCACCGUGGCGCAGAAUGAGCGCUUCGAUGCGGACUAUGCGGAGAAGAUGGCAGGCUGCAGCCUCAGCUUCCGCUCUGAGCUGUGAGAGGGGCUCCCGGGGUCACUCCAGAGGGAGUGUGCGAAUCAAGCCUGACCAAUGGGCUCAAGAAUAAAGUAUGAUUUUUGAGUCAGGCACAGUGGCUCAUGUCUGCAAUACCAGCGAUUUGGGAGGUUGAGCUGGUAGGAUCACAAUAGGCCACGAAUUUGAGACCAGCCUGGUAAAGUAGUGAGACCUCAUCUCUACAAAGAUGUAAAAAAAUUAGCCACAUGUGCUGGCACUUACCUGUAGUCCCAGCUACUUGGGAAGCAGAGGCUGGAGGAUCAUUUCAGCCCAGGAGGUUGUGGAUACAGUGAGUUAUGACAUGCCCAUUCACUACAGCCUGGAUGACAAGCAAGACCCUCCCUCCAAAGAAAAUAAAGCUCAAUUAAAAUAAAA